CUGCCCUUCCCCAAAGAAGCUCAACUUUAUGUGUCCACAGUGUGACUAGCGCGCCAUCAACGAUAUGCCUAUUGAUACGACACUUUCAGAACUAGCGUCCGGAUACAGGCUUCGGAAGAAACAUGAGAAGUCUCGCAAUGGUUGCCUCGGGUGCAAGCAGCAACGCAAAAAGUGCGACGAGUUGAGGCCCAGCUGCUCUCGAUGUACCAGACGCUUGUAUACAUGUCGAUAUCCGCAGCGCCCGAGUACAAGCGAGUCGGAGACGGACUAUCCCAGGAUUGAAGUCUCAGAGUCUGAGUUACCAUCCACGCAUUCAAAUGAUCGUCUAUCAGACCCCAUCCCUCGUUCUCGAACGAAUACCGAAAAGGAUAGAUCGGAUUCAAAUGCGCUCUCUCCGAGCCCUCUCAACGCGACCGAACUCAGUCUCUUAUCCCACUAUCUCACACACACCAGCCAAACCAUCCCAUUUGACCCUCUCGAUCUCCACGCCCUCGCAGUCGGGGUACCCAAUCUCGCCUUCCAAUGCAAGGCAGUCAUGUCCUCCCUGCUAAGCUUGGCUGCAGCAUGCAAAUGCCACGACAUUGCCCAUGAACAAAACCAAAAGCCACUCGACACCCAGAAGAUAACGGAGAUCCAAGAGCUCCUUGCACUAGCCGAACGCCAUCAUAGGGCUUCCCUCCACCACAUCCAAGCGACCAUGCAAAGCUCCGAAUCCUAUGAUAACGUCCUCGCAAACGCGGCACUGAUGGUCUUGUACGCAUCGGCUAGCCACUCCAUCCGCGUGCAUUUGGCAGCCAUGGCCAAACAAUACGGACAGCAACUACCGAUAGAAUUAUUACCACAGCACUCGCAGUGGAUUUCCUUUACCCGCGCAGCACAUACGGCGUCUACCGCUGUGCUCAAUGAUAUUGUCGCGGGUGCCAUCAGCGCGGGGAUAAAUACGCAACCAGAGUUCCCUGCUACAAUGCCUAGUAUCUCAGGAAAUGGUAUCUUGUCGCCUGAAGACGGCCCAUCUGCGAAAACGAAGCGUCUAUUCCUCCCUCUCGUCGCAUCUACCUAUGAUCGAGCCUUAGGGAGUCUCCGCAGGAGAGCAGAACGCACAGCCGAUCUGCUGCUGCGGCAUUCUUCUGCAUCAUGUAGCAGCACUGACCGACGACGGAUUCACGCAUCCCUGGAAACCAUAUCUGUCCUGGAGAAUUGCACAUGUGCAGCGCUAUCAGCACGAGGAAGUCGCGAAGGGAAGGCCCCUUGGGUUUCUCAGUGCACGUCCAUCCUUGGAUCCUCUGCUGCUGUCUCACCAUGGGUGGCACAAUAUAUGAUCAGUGUGACUUCGAUGGAGUCGCCGCAGAUCCUCCGACGGAUCAUUAUGUCUUUUUUGAACCAAGCACCGACCGAGUUUCUCGAACUCGUUCAGUCGGUACUGGAUUCCCCUGCCACGGAUACCCGGGUCGAGAAGGUGAGAGCACGGAAUUCUUCUGCAUUAUCACUCAGUCCGAUCCAUGUCCUGGUUAUGGACAUAUUCGCUCAUUGGCUGGUCCUGGUCAUGUUGUUGGAUGGGGUCUGGUGGAUCCGUAACAUCGGACAGUGGGAACUCAGCCAGGUGAUCUUAUUGAUGAAGACACACAAUGUCUUAGGUCAGUUGACUGAUAUUGGAGGAAUGUGGUGGCCCGAGAGUAUGUAUUUGGCCAAGCGGCAACUGACGCCCGAUUUCAUGCCGUGAUACUCCGCAUGUUUAGCAUUGUGAAACUGUAUAGUUCUGUAAUAACAU